AUGCCUCUUAUGCACUCGCCCGAGCCGCCAAUGCAAGAACCCAGCUCACCCUCACCUGUUCCAGCAAUAUCCCCUCAAAUUCGGAUUAAAAACCGGAGAAUUCUAUACCUUGAGAGAAAUCCCUCGUAUUUUACACAACCCGACCUCGAACUCCUAGACCCCCUUCUCUACGACCGCUGCGUGCGACGUUUCCAGACACCUACUGAACGCGAAGCAGAUGGGCGUGCAAAAGGAUAUUCCGGCGUCUUAGAAGCGGAUUUGUACCGCUCGGAAGCUAAGCUUGCAGCGGUUCACAAAAGUCUGGCCCAAGCUUCAUCUCCGUCUACAUCAAGCUCUCAAGAUUUACAAGAACCAUGGUCAUCGUCCUCAGAGCCUCAUUUACCAUUUGUGGGCCAUGCCGGAGGUAAGGAUGGAGAAGAACUUCCAGAAGAGGAAGUCGACAGUCCGAGGACCAAGGAAGAGGGUUUCGAGAGGUGGAAGUUUGAGAUGACGAUUAGGUUUUUAAAGGGCGAGGAUCCGGAUUUUGACUAUAGAGCUAUUGAUGAGACAGAGGAGUGGGAUGUAAUUGAGAGGAAAGAGGAGGAAGAGAGAUGGUUUGAAGACGAGGAACCGAGCUGGGUUGAAGGGGAGGGGACAGGUAAACGCUUCAUUGCGACACCUGUCGCAAAACUUCGAUUGGCAUUCGAAAUGCCACCCCCAUUACGAUGUCCAUCGGCAUUUCCUUCAGCCUCGUCCUGCGCGAGACAUCUAUGUAAGAAGCAGCAGUCCUCGCGCCAUUUCUCCUCCACUCCUCGACAUCAACAAAGGACGACGCGGGCGCGACGAGGGCUAUUUAGGUGGCUAGGAACACAAGGAGAGGCCCUUCGCAACCCAUUGCCAGGGUCUACGAAUUACCUCGGUGCCUACAAUGCACAAGGGGAGCUGAGAAGAGUCCUUGACGCCGCUAGGGGCCAGAAGAAUGUAGAUGAAGGAGCAAAUUCCGUAGCAUCUACAAGCCCAAAGACGGACAAUCCGAGUCUCCCACCAGAGUCUCUAAGGGAUAGAGUCCCGUUCCCGUUGAAUCGCAAUUUCGUCAGUCAGCCUGUUCUGAGUGAGGAGCUCCGCGAAGAGAUAUGGCGGUCUAUCAUGAGGCAAGGGAAGUCUGUUAGAGAAGUCAGCGUUGAAAUGAGAGUUGAAAUGAGCCGUGUGGGAGCGGUGGUCCGAUUGAAGGAGGUUGAGAAGCAGUGGAAAAGUAUAGGAAAACCAUUGGCAAAGAAAUAUUCCCAUGCAGUCAUGUCCAUGCUUCCUCAGACACCGUAUGAUCCAGGCAACGUAGAGCAUGAAUCGAUUAAUGAUCUGCCAGUCCACGCUUCAACAGGACAGCAAAUAUUCCACCCCACUUCUGAAUCUAGGCAAUUCACACGUGCGGAUGCUGCUAAGGUAUUCAACGAACGACUUCUCCCCGCCGAUGACCGCAUUCCACAUCCAGAGUUGGUCUUGCAACAUCGGGAUCUUUUAGAGGGGUUAACAGAUGCCGAACGCGAAGAGAAAGCUCGAGCACGAGAGGAGGCUACUGAGUGGAAGAGGAAAAGGGAAGCUGAUAUCAAGGCGAAGAAAGAGGCUGCAGUGAAGAAAGUUGAUACUGGUAGGUGGGAGUUCAGGUUCACUGAUGUUAAUGUUGAUGACGCUGGAAAGGAUGGGAGAGGGCCUAACGGCGUUGGUUGGCGGUAUGGCGCUCCACAUUAUGAUCGUGCUCGAGGGCAGGUCAAGAUACCACAAAGUGUGGAAUGA